CACAUGGUAUCAUAUUUUCUUGGGGUGUGGACUAGUCUGACUGAAUAGCUCCGGAGCAGAGGAAGGGAUAAAGUUCACACCCUGUACACAAACACACCCCUCUGUUAUCGAACACUCAUCCGAUGAGAGGCUCGAGCAGCACUCACAUUCAAUCCACUACUGUGUGUAAACCUGUAAUUUUGUCCAGUCUCAAUCGUGCUGAUUCAAACAUUCAAAAACUUCUGCGCAACACUGGCAAUUACGUAUCUGGUGAUAUAAUACACACACACAUAGGUAUACAUAUAUGCAUACGUUAUCAUCAUAAGAAAUAACCAUGAACCGAAAUAUUUAAACAUCUUAUUGUGGAGCCCAUCUCACGCCAUGGCUUUCUCCUUUUCCUCGUUCUGAACAACCGUUAAUUCCUGCUCUUUCCCGGUGUGGGAUGAAUAAAGUCUUAUCUUAAAUGUCUGGAUGACGUUAAUGUUCUUGAUUAUAUCCAAUUAAAACAUGAACUAUCAAUUUAAGUUUUUUAUUCGAAUCCAUAGCGAGAUUUCUGUAGAGAAUAACAACACAGAAGUAACUGACCAUAAGGUCUGAAAAAAAGACCUGCGUGCGUCCGUUGGUGACGUCACCCGUACGCACGGAGCAGAGCUGCGCUGUCAUUUGUGGAAUAUUUUAAUGGCCGCUCUUGACUCCGCCCGGAUUUCUUCCUUUUCUCGCUCCUUCUGCUCCUCUCACGGACGCCGUGCUGUCAGAGGUUACUGCGCUGGAUUUACUACUGAGGAGAAAUGACGACUAACAACAUGACAAGUGUGAUUUUGCUGUUUUGAGGCUUGAAUCUACAGAAAUCUCACAGCAGAGGCUUCACGGGCGUCUCCUACUCCUCAACCUACCGCGUGCUGAGAUGCUGCCCUGCUUGCGGAGAGUCCUGCGGCCCGCCCUGGCUCUGAGAGCCGGCGCCGGAAUGACCAGAGUCGGAGUCAACAGUCAGCCAGUAUCCGCCAUGGCUUUACCACUGUCCCAUCAUCUUCAGCAUCAUCACCAGCAGCGACGUAACCUGGGAACUCAUCCGCUCAAAGAGCACGUGGAGCCACUUAACUCGCCCAGGGGAGCCAAGGACUUUAUCUACAGCCUCCAUCCGUCAGAGCGCACCUGUCUGCUGCGGGAGCUGCACAGGUUCGAGUCCAUAGCUAUAGCCCAAGGGCAGUUGGAGAUCGCUCCACCUACUGCAGCACAGCUGAGAUAUGUUUUACUGCACAACGCCCUCCCUUUCGUGGGAUUUGGAUUCCUGGACAACUGCAUCAUGAUCGUAGCUGGCACACAGAUUGAACUGUCCAUCGGUGUCAUCUUCGGCAUUUCAACUAUGGCAGCUGCUGCCCUGGGCAACCUCGUGUCUGAUCUCGCAGGACUGGGACUGGCCGGUUACGUUGAAGCCUUGGCGUCUCGACUGGGGAUGCAGAUCCCUGACCUGAGCCCGAAGCAGGCGGACAUGUGGCAGACCAGAGUCAGCUCUCACGCGGGUAAAGCCAUCGGCGUCGGCAUCGGCUGCAUCCUGGGCAUGUUCCCGCUCCUCUUCUUCAAGGACGACGAGGAGAAGAAAGACAAGGAGGCCAAGAAGAAUCCGCAGCAGCCUCCUGCUCCUCCUCCUCCUGCUGCACCAUCUGCCUCCGCUGAGAGCAGCAAAAACUGAGCGUGACAGCUUUGUGGGGACAACUAUUAUUCUCAAUCUGUUAGAAUACUUUAAACUGGCACUGAUUGGCCGACGCCCGGUGGACGGAAGUGUGUGGGGAAAUGCGACUGGAGGCUCUCCAGGGGGGCGGGGCCUAAUCGAACCAUCAAAGGUAUUCUGAAGAGAGAGUUUUAGAUUGACUCUGACUGUAGAUGUUUAACUGAAGCACAGGGACCUCCUCGUCUUUAUACGGAGACGUGAGACUGCUGCUACUGUAACUUGUUGCACCCUAACCUCACCUCAUCCUGACUGACUGAAGCUCAUGUCUGUUCAGAGGAACAAACGUUCAAGUGUUGACUCCUGAUGAUCAAAUUUAAAGCUACAGCUCCCUGGAAAUACAACAGAAAUGAUUAAAUUCAGAGCAAAGAAAACAAAAUAUUUGAAAAGAAAAAUAGAGGGAAAAAACUAAGGGUUUGGUUUAUGAUUGUAUUUUGUUUCUGGGUGUUUCAUCAGAGUUUAAUCAGAAAUCAAGAGACACAUUUCAGUCUGACAUACACAUAAAUCAUUCUGUCAUUGGUUUUGGAGAUUGUUGAGGAGAAAAGAAAUUCACAUUUGCACACUACAUAUAUGUUAACUGUAUAUAUUUAAGAAUGACCGUUCCUGUUCUGUUCCUUUUAGGUUUUAUUUGGAUGAUUUCAGAGUCGCCAGCGGGUGAAAUCACGCACACAAAGGAAAACAACUUUGAAAACUUUGAAACAAAUUAAAAAAAAAAAAAAAGUAGCAGGGUGUAGGAGCAGGGUGUAGACCAC